CUUUUCUUCCUCUUCCUUCUUCCUUCCUUUCGACGAUGAUGAUGCCCGCUUCAUCCUUCCGCACGUUAGGUGCUUUGAGUAGGUUUCCUCUACCCAAGGGCUUUGUCACUGCUCCCAAGAUCCAUCCUGCCAAUGGCAAGAUUGUUCAGCAGAGAUCCUUCAACAGUGUUUUCCGUGGCCCCUUGAGCGCACCCAGGAUUGCCCCCACAAAGCAUGCCUCCAAAACCUCUUCUACUACAACUACUGCUACUACGCGCUCUUUUCAAAGCCAACAUUCCACACAGUAUGGCUCUUCCACAUCCUUCAAAGUGGCACUGGGAGUCUCGGGGGUCGUUUUGGUGUGUGGACUGGAUUGCAUAGCGCCCAACAACAAUCCCUUCAAAAAGGAUCGAACGUACUGGAAUGACAAGUCGCCCGUGGCCGACGCCAAGGAUCGAUCUCCACUCCAAUCCAGCAGCGACCAUCAUUACAAGUGCGUCAUCGUCGGUGGGGGAAUGGCCGGGCUGCACACGGCUCUGGCAUUGGCGGAACGCAGUCGCGCUAAUGGUGAUAUCCUGGUCCUGGAUGCCAACCGCAUUGGUCAAUCGGCAUCGGGGCAAUCCAAAGGAUUGGUCGUCCCUGGAAUUCAAGUACCGCAAGAAGGAUUGGAAGGAAUUUGUGGUUCCCGUGAAAUUGCCAAACAAGUCUAUGAAUUGACCUACCAGGCAGCACGGAGACUCAAGGAAGACAUUGUACAACGCUACAAGAUUGAUUGUGGAUGGGUCGAUGCUGGACUCGUGGAAGCCAGUCUCUACGAAGAUGAUGAACAUGAUGAAGAGGAAGAAGAUGACGGCUGCCACGUUCUGAGUGCCUCCCAAGUACGACAAGUGCUAGGACAACCCAACACAAACAAGUUGUACAAGUGUGGAGAAUACGAUCCUUCCUGCUCGGGAGUGGAUCCAUUUGCCCUGACGAGUGGCUUGGCACGGGUCGUCGAAACGAAAUGGGGAGUCCGCAUUUGUGAACAGACCAAAGUGACACAGAUUGAUGCUAUUCCAGCAGAAUCCACCUCCAGGGUAGGAAAUAGCAAUGACAAUUCAGAGUCUCCGAAAUAUGUCGUGACUACGGACGCGGGAGCCCAAGUUACCUGUCAGCAUGUGGUCUUGUGCACUGGGCCCGAGUUAGUUUCCAAACAGCUCUCCCGGCGACUGGCCAAUGCCGUGACACCCAUUUAUACAUGGAUGGCAUCCACAGCUCCCUUGGGAGACCAAUGCCCUUUGCAAGAUGGAGUCUCGGAUGAGCUCCUGGCCGAUCAGCAGGACGACCGCGAAACGAAAACCACCCCAGCGCCUCUCUGCGGCGACGAUUUUGUGAGCCUCAACUAUUGGAGACGGACUAACGAUGGUCGUAUUCUCUUUGGAUCACUGGCAGAUGCGUAUCCCAUCCCACAAUGGCUGGCGGAAUAUCGACUUCGGCUUGCUUUGAAACAAAUCUACCCGCAAUUGGCAAAUGUCAAAUUUGACCAUGUAUGGGGUGGCAAGCUGGCAUUUUCCAGAGAUGCAGUUCCUCUCAUUGGUCGAGAUGAAGGAUAUGACAAUAAGUACAUCCCCGGCAAGCCUAGUGAUGGCGGUGUGUGGUACGCUACUGGCUUUGGCGGUCAUGGAAUUGUGCCUACUGUAAUGGCAGGUUCCGUAUUGGCAGACGCCAUGUUGGGAAUUGAUGACGACACUUGGCGGCUUUUUCAAAGGGAAUUCCCACCCAAGUACUCAUUUUAUCCGGUUUCACGACUGGGAGCCCAAGCUCUGCUAACAACCUACAAUGUCUUUGACUGGCUUACCAUGAAAGGUGUACCAGUUCCGAGGCUACCGAAACCUUGGUAGGCAACUUGACUUUUAUCACCACAAUCGACAAUCCACUUCAAUCAAGUAUUCCCGAAGCUCCUUCAUGCCAGCUUGCCCAAGCUUUCCUUUUCCAAUUUCCCACCUCCUUCGUACCUUUCCGAUUAUUUGUUCCAAUUUUCUACGAGUGGAUACUUCCCGAUUCCAUCUUCCGACUGCAGCAUUCAGCUUGACUAACGACGCACCCAACAAGUUGGCCUCAAAACUAGCCCUGCCCUGACCGUUCCACCGUGAUGUUGCAUGUUUGCAUAUAGCAUUCACCUUCUUCUUGUUUCCGACGAUUAAGUUCGCCAAUCUUCCUGUUUUCGAUAAGCUUUCCGAGAACAAGAGAAACAACAUGCGUCGCGACAGCUUGCACAGCGAUUCGGACAGUACCUGAAAGAGGUGCAUGGACCCAACAACUGGCUUUCUCGUUUCAGAUCUUUCCACCCAGCUAGCUCUUGCAUGUUGCUUCGAUGAUAUUCAUGGCUAGUAGAGGUGGCUAAGCAAGCAUAUCAGGAUACUUCAUGCUAUAGCCAAAUCAUAAUCUUUUAUAUAGCAUCAUGCGUUUCUC